AUGACCAACGGCAGCUCAUCUCAGGAGAACAGCGAAGUUCUCAUAGAUCAAUACCGCCAGCGAACACGUGCCAAGUCAAACCAGCCGCAACCUCCGCUCGAAUCAACUGCCUCAAAACAGGAGCCUAUAGACCAAGACGACCCGAGUUCUCAUGAAUCUGUGGCUGGUCAUGACAGUCAAGAGGCUAGCAGCCCAUCUUCGGAAAAGAAUAAGAGGAAGGAUGGGGGUCAUGGGUCUUCGCAUCAAAAGCGUAGUCGUGCUCGACAGCAACCACAGGCUUCUGAUGCCAGCUAUGCUGAGGACACUGACUUCCAAAGAGACCCGGCACACAAGGCUGGUAGAUUAUGGACUCCUGAGGAAGAAGAAUCUGCGCCUCGACGGACCGACGGCGGGCGAUACAAGGAGAGAGAUGGGUCCGAUCUCCCCAGAGCAGCUUCUGAUCGGUCGUUCGAGCAUCCGCGUUUCUCGAACUUUGAUAACGCUGAGGUACUAAUCAAGCAGCUAGAGACGCGCCCUAUCAGCCAAGAACAACUUGUUGCUGAGGUGAAGGGCAUCUACGCUGGACUCGAUAUGAUCGAGUCACAGUGUAUCGAAGUCGACAACGCUCAAAGUUCAAACAACGAGACCAAUCCCAAGCUGAACAAUGAGCAGUGGCAGGCAUUGAUCGAUCUACAUCGAACUUUGCUACAUGAACACCACGAUUUCUUCCUUGCCUCUCAGCAUCCUUUAGCCAGUCCGGCAUUGCGACGGCUCGCGAGCAAGCACGCAAUGUUGGAGCGCAUGAUGACUAUUGAAGAUGAUGAUCUUAAGGAUAGAGAGGUCUGGACCUCAGUCUCUCGCCAUUGGUAUCCAAAAGCUAGUGAUAAGGCUCCUCAGACGGGUCGUCUUUACCACCACCUCGCUAUUUUGGCUCGUCCAAAUGCUCUGCAGCAGCUCUUCUACUACACGAAGUCUCUCUGCGUGCCACUUCCCUUCCUGUCUGCUCGCGAGUCAAUCAUGACUCUGUUCGACCCGCAUCUCAAUGGCACACAGACCAGGCUGCAGGAGAUUGACGCAGCCUUUGUACGCGCUCAUGCAAUACUCUUCUCGGGCAAGAACACCGAGCAACUCUCAUCGUCUAUCAACUAG